GGGACCGUCCUGACCUGCGGCCACUCUGACCUGCAGAGCAUGGGGGCCCCACACAUCCCAGGGCGGACGGUGCUUUUCCAGCGGGAGAGGACGGGCCUGACCUACAGGGUGCCCGCGCUGCUCCUGGUGCCCCCUGGUCCCACGCUGUUGGCCUUUGCGGAGCAGCGACUCAGCCCCAGCGACUCUCAUGGCCACCGCCUGGUGCUGAGGAGGGGCACACUGGCUGGGGGCUCCGUGCAGUGGGGUACUCUGCGUGUGCUGGGGACAGCCGUCCUGGAGGGGCACCGCUCCAUGAACCCCUGCCCAGUACUGGACACAGCCUCAGGCACCGUCUUCCUCUUCUUCAUCGCCGUGCUGGGCCACACCCCCGAGGCUGUGCAGAUCGCCACUGGCAGGAACGCGGCCCGCCUCUGCUGUGUGACCAGCUGUGACGCUGGCCUCACCUGGGGCAGCGCUCGGGACCUCACUGAGGAGGCCAUCGGGGCCAUGGUGCAGGGCUGGGCCACCUUCGCAGUGGGGCCAGGCCACGGGGUCCAGCUGCGCUCAGGCCGCCUGCUGGUUCCUGCUUACACCUACCGAGUGGACCGCCGGGAGUGCUUUGGCAAGAUCUGCUGGACCAGCCCCCACGCCUUCGCCUUCUACAGUGAUGACCAUGGCCGCACCUGGCACUGUGGGGGCCUGGUGUCCAACCUGCGCUCUGGCGAAUGCCAGUUUGCCCCAGUGGACGGAGGCUUCCUCUACUGCAAUGCCCGGAGCCCCCUGGGCAGCCGUGUGCAGGCACUCAGCCCCAAUGAGGGCACAUCCUUCCUGCCCGGGGAGCUUGUGCCCACCCUGGCUGAGACUUCCCGGGGCUGUCAGGGCAGCAUCGUGGGAUUCCCUGCCCCACCCCCCGGAAGGCCUCAGGAUGAGGGGCAGUCGCCGGGCACCAGGAGUCUCCCUCCCCCUCCCCCCCUCUGUCCUGGGGUCCUGGAGCCCUCUGGGGAGGGUGCUGAAGACCCUAAUGGGGGCUUGGUGUCUUCUCAGCCCUUCUGCCUCCCACAGCCCUGGGGGAGUGGUCCAGUGGAGCCUGGCCCUGAACCUGGGCUUGGUGAGGACCGGGGGGCCGGGAUCCCAAUGCUCCCCGGGCCCUCUGCUGCCCCACCUCGAAGCCCCACAUGGCUGCUGUAUUCCCACCCUGCAGGGCGCAGGGCCCGGCUCCACAUGGGCAUUUACCUGAGCCGGUCCCCCCUGGACCCCCACAGCUGGACAAAGCCCUGGGUGAUCUAUGAGGGCCCCAGUGGCUACUCUGACCUGGCCUUCCUAGGGCCUGUGCCUGGGGCGACCCCAGCCUUUGCCUGUCUGUUUGAGAGCGGGGCCAGGGUCUCCUAUGAGGAAAUCUCCUUCUGCAUGUUCUCUCUGCCCGAGAUCCUGGAAAACGUGCCGGUAGGCCUUGAGCCACCCCCCUCUGGGGACAAACCUCAGGGGCACUGCAGGCCCUCUUGAUGGGCCCUCUGGCUGGGCACCCUGGGGGGGGGGGUGGAGGACACAGAGAGGAAGGCUGGGGUGACCACAGGAUGGACAGAGCUCUGCACCCGGCUUCUGCCCUGGCCGUGGAGGGUGAGUGUGGAGGACCCUGCCAGUGGAGGUGGAGAGGUUUGCAUGUGGGUGGGGUGGGAGAAGGCCUCUUCCCAAGGCUGACCAGGUGGCCACUGCAGCUCUGGAGCUGGACAGUGAGCCUCAAGAGCCAGGGUCUCGUCUGCCCAGAUUUUCCUUCCUCCUGUUCAGCAGACAGCUUGCUGCUCUCUGGAGUGAGAACCAGCGAUAAAGGGCUGAGUGGUGUGUGGUGCACGUUCCCAUGUCCGAGCCCUGGGAAGGGCGCUGUGCUCUAUCUAGCCCCUUCCCCAACCCCCUGCCUCAGACCUCCCUGCCCUAACCACGCUGCUCCCAAAUGCUCGGGGGUGGCCGGCAGAAAGGAGGUCAGGAGGAGAAGAGGCCUUGUGCCUCUUCUGUCUGCUGUCCACUUGGUGCUGACCCCGCCAUUCUGGGAUGUGUUGAUGGGUAAGCUCUUCCUGUCUCUGAAUUCUGUCUGCAGAAGCAACUGCGCUCCAUCCUGCUUGGCUGCCCCUGCCCCCCUGCCCAGAGGAGGGCGCGUCUCCUGGGACCAACCAGUAUGCCCUGUGCCCCGGAGAGGGCUCUGGUUGCAUGGGGGCUGCUUUUAAAGUCCUACUUUCUAAUGA